AUGCGGACCGUCGGACUCGACCUUUGGAAUUUGCAGUUGGGGACAUGGUGUAUUUUUGGGCUACCCGAAUACGUCCAGCAUUUAGACAUCAACGAAGGGGAAAAUUGGGACCCCGGAUAUUUGGGGCCAUAUCGAAUCAAGGGCCGAGUUGAACCACUUGCCUACCGUCUGGAGUUGCCAGAAGCAUUAACUGGAUUGCAUGAUGUAUUCCAUGUUUCCCAAUUACGGAAGCAUAUGUAUAAUCCAGACAUAGAAAUGCAUGUUGAGGACAUUGAACUCCAACCUGGUAUGACCUUUAAAGUGCAACCUUUACGGGUGCUGGAACGCCAAGAUCGUCAGCUAAGACAUAAAACUCUACCUAUGCCUCUAAACCUCAGUUUCAACUACAGAACUGGGCAACUUUACAUUGCAGAUUCUUAUUUAGGGCUUCGAGUAGUAGGCCCUUGUGGAGGACUUGCAACCCUACUUGCCUCAAGCGCAGAGAACGUGGCCUUCCAGUUCCUCAGCUGCGUGGAAGUGGACCAGCUCACUGGCACCGUUUACUUCACAGAUGUUAGUCAAUUUUACGAUCUAAGAAACUACACAGAACCCGGAUUUUUUAAGGUCUUCAGUGGGAGGCUGCUAAGCUAUGACCCUGAAACCAGACGAGCAUCCGUGUUGAUGAAAGGGAUCGGCGCUGCCACUGGUGUCGCCAUCAGUGCAAAUGGAAACUUUCUGCUUGUGUCGGAGAACCUCACAAAGAGAAUUCAUAGGUUUUGGCUGAGAGGUUCCAGGGCUAGCACCUCGGAAAUCUUCUCGACCCUUCCGGGAAACCCAUACAAAAUUCGGAGGACAGCUUCAGGAGACUUCUGGGUGGCAAUGGCUACUUGGAACACAGAAGCAACGCCGUUUGAGGUUUUUCCGUUGGCCCAGAAGUUCAAUUCGAAAGGUGGUGUUGUGGCAGAGUUGGACCUUGACAAGCAGUACCAUAACAAGGCGAUGACCGGCGUUGUGGAGCACAAGGGAGCACUGUACCCAACGUCCCCUUACGUUAGCACAAAUAAUGUUGAAUUCAUGCUCCGUAACUUGAAAUAAUUGCAUGAAAAAUAAUUUAUUGGAAAUGCUGCCUUGUGAUUCAAAAAAGUUUUUGGAAAUAG